AGUUGAAAAGUACAAACCGAAGUACUUUUCUAUGCAUUCACUGAAUGCGAAUGUCUGAAACAUGACAGGUCAGAAGGAUGUGAAUUCGAAGAAGGCAAUAUACUUACAUUACAAAGAAUGAAGAAGAAUAUGUAAAUGAAGUAUAUGACCGUCAAUUGAUUAUGCCUGACACUGUAUGUUAUUUUAAAAGAAACAAGACCACUUAUAAGUUAACAAAAUAAUAUUACUAAUUUAGUAAUUUUGUAAAACGUUUUGGAACACAAAUAUAACUGAUUCAUCUUCAGACGACAAUUUCAAAAUUUUACUCAGACAUUUAAAUAAUCAGUUCUGUCUGAAAAUACAACUUUGAAAAAUGGACAGACGUCGGAUAGUUUUAGGGCUUAUAUUUAUCUGGAUACACCGCAAUGACUGUGAACUGUUGAAUGAUGUAUGUUUCAAGGACGACGUAGAAUGUAAAAGACCAAACAUUAAAACAAUCGGAAAGCUGCAACAUGGAAAAUGCCGGAAGGAGAACAUUUUACGUCAAUUGAGCGGGAAAAGUCUGCUUGAGUGCGUCAAAGAAUGUUUGGUGACGUCACAAUGUUUUGGUAUAAAUUAUAGGAAGGCUUGGCCACUUUGUGACGUAGUUGGACGGUCAAAUGAAUCUCUCAGUGAAGAAACAGGGUGUAUGUAUAGCGACAUUAUCACGUGGUCUAAGGACCUUGCAGGAAAUUGUAAAGACGUAAAAUGUGACGCUGGAAAACAGUGUAAACUGGACGAUGCUGGACAACCAAUAUGUAUACAGUCAUACUGUGCUGAGGAACCUAUGACUUCUAACGCGACCAGUACUGAUAAGUUUGGUAUGCACCGUGAUAUUGGGAAAGGAAACAAAUACAAAUGUGACGAUGGUUACACCAUGAGAGGACGUCCUUUCUUAGUUUGUAGGAUGAAUGGUACUUGGACAUCUCUGUUUUGCUGUAUUCCAAAGAAAGGCAUCGUAGAUUGUGGAGACCUACCUAGAGAUAGCCCCUCUGGAGUGUACACAACAGUCUACAAGUUUGAUGUUUACUGUGAAAUAGACAUCGCUGGGAGCGGAUGGACAAUAAUACAGAGGAGAACGAAUGGUGCCACAGAUUUCGAUCGACUCUGGGAUGAGUACAAACAGGGAUUUGGUAGCGUUUCAGCAGAGCACUGGCUAGGAAACAGUAAAAUCCACAAAAUGACGUCAUCAAAGCACUACAAACUAUUUAUAGAGCUGGAAGAUUUUGAUGGCGAGGUUAGAUAUGCUGAGUACGGACAGUUUAGUGUUGGUAAAGAAGAUUCAAACUAUAAACUCACAAUAGACCAUUAUACUGGGGAUCUUGGUAAUGCCAUGCAUAAUAACAACAACACGAUGUUUUCGACGAUUGACAAGGACAACGAUAAACGGCUCUCUAGUACUUGUGUACACACUGGCGGAUGGCAAGGGGGUUGGUGGUUCAAUGGGGAGAACAGACCAUGUAGUCUCUGUAACCUAAACGGAAAAUACCUCCAUAAAGACCAAACUAAAGACGUUUACAAAGGAAUAGUCUGGAAAACAUCGAGGUCAAAAUCCUGGUAUUCUUUUAAAUCAUCGAAAAUGACAAUUUUCCCAGCGGAUGGGUUCAGUGAUGAUAGCAAUUUUAGGAAUCAGCAAGUGGAUGUGAAUCUUGAUUAUGGGAGUUUAAACAAACGUAAUGACAAUUAAUAGUUAAAUUAAUGUUUUUUUUAAAUUCGUGUUUGUCUUGACCUUAAUAGGACAUAACCAUGACCCAUAAACUGUGUCUAUAAUUAUACCUUACUUUUCGUAUUGUGUUUAUAAUAAAACAAAUUCAAUUGUUUACAAAAUUGAAUACGA